UCCCUCUCCACCACCAUGGGCAACGUCUGGGCCGCCGGGUCCCCCCCUCCCCCCGCUUCUGCCCCUCCCCCCUUGCUGCCCAUGCCCCCCCCAGGGUUUGGGGGUCCCCCCCCCGUCAGUGGCCUGGGGGGGGGAGGGGCGCCCCUCCCCCCUCGCCCCCCGGACUCGGGUGGGGGAGGGGAUGCCCUGCCCAACCCCGGAGCCUUCGAGGAGUGUCACAGGCGCUGCAAAGAGCUGUUCCCGGUGCAGAUGGAGGGGGUGAAGCUCACGGUGAACAAAGGGCUCAGCAACCACUUCCAGGUGAAUCACACAGUGGCCUUGAGCACCCUGGGAGAAUCCAAUUAUCAUUUUGGGGCCACCUACGUGGGCACCAAACACCUGAGCCCCACUGAGGCAUUCCCAGUGCUGGUGGGGGACAUGGACAACAGCGGCUCCCUGAACGCUCAGGUCGUUCACCAGGUCAGCUCCAGGAUCCGCUCCAAGGUCGCUUUCCAGACCCAGCAGUCCAAGUUUGUGAACUGGCAGCUGGACGGGGAAUAUCGGGGCGGGGAUUUCACUGCAGCCCUGACCCUGGGCAACCCCGACAUCCUCAUGGGCUCAGGUGAGACCCCA